AUGGAGAAUCAGCAGCAAACAACUUCGUUGUGUCGCGCCGGUUGUGGUUUCUACGGGUCAUCGGCGACUGAAGGGUUAUGUUCCAAGUGCUUCAAGGACAGCAUCAAAAAGAAGCAGGAUACGGGUCGUCUUAGUCCAGCCGGUAAGGAUUUUUAGUUUUGUUUUUGUUGUUUUAGGUUUAAAACGAGGAUUUUUUGAGGAGAAGAGGCUGAUGUUGAUGUUGUUAUCGAUUCUCGGCCGAUUUUUGCCGUUUUGCUAAGGUUUAGGUAUCAUUCUAGCCAAAUUUCAUCUUUUAAAUGCUUAACCUUUCAAUCUUUCAGCCGAAAAGUCAGUAGCGGACAAACUGCGAGAAGUUGUUGCCCAAGCUCACAAUGCCGACCUCAGUGCUCAGUUCGAGACGGCCGUGGCGAACGCCUCGAAAAUCUCGUCCUCAGUGCCGGAAGCGAGCAUGGCUGCUGGUGCUCCAUCGCUCAAAAUUGAAUCUCCCAGCCUUUCAUCUUCAAGGUAAGCCGAGGUUUUGUUGUAUAAUAUAUUGUAGUAGGUAUAGAGAAGGUUUUUGAUUGUUUUUGAAUAGUUUCUGGGAGGUUUUCCGGGUCAAUUUCAUGGUUAGAUAGUAAAUAAGUAUAGAGAAGGUUUUUCGAUCGUUUUUAAAUUUUAAAAUGGCAAGAACUUUCUUUACAAGCCAUAAAAUGGUAAUAACUCUUUUUAUAAAGAGAGUUCUUGCCAAUAUGGCCGUAUCUUUUUUAGUGAUCUAUGAAAUAACAAGAAAAUCUUGUAAAAGAUAAAGAAAGGCAAUAACUUUCUUUCCACUAACCCUUUGAAAUUUCAGCUCCGCCGCCUCGCUAGUGACGCAGGUUUCGGAACAAGGACCAAGCACUUCGAUGCCCGAAGCGUCGGUCGGUGUGAAAAAGGCCAACCGCUGUCAGGUGUGCAAAAAACGGGUCGGACUUACAGGUGAGUGUGCUUUAGACAUGUGUUUUUGUGUUUAGGUUUGAGGUUUCGGGAAUGUUGUGAUGGAUAACAUGAAAAAGAGAAUGCUGUUGUGAAUAACAUGGAUAAUAUUUUUUUUGUUGAAAAGAUGAUGUUUAACGAAUGAAAUGUUGUUUUCUGUUGAAUAAUAUGAGGAUUUUUGUUCGAAAAAUGACGAGAUUUCAAAGUUUAUGUUAUACUUUAAUAGCAGAAAAGUCUUGUCGUCUUUUGUGCUGGAAGUUAAUGUAAACUGACGACAAGACUUUGAGAACUUGAUAUUUAGAAAAACAGAGUUUUGAAAGAAGCUCUGUUGUUUUAGCUAACGAUUUUCAAACAAAUUUUGAUGUUUUAGCUCAGUUUUUUGAAAUCUCGACCUAAAUUUAUAUUAUCCAUCUUAAUUCCUCAUCGUUUCAGGAUUCCCAUGCCGCUGCGGCGGGUUAUAUUGUGGAGAACAUCGCUACGACUCGGCUCACGACUGUCAAUUCGACUACAAAACCUUGGAACGCGAGGAGCUGCGCAAGAACAACCCGGUGGUGGUGUCGGAGAAGAUUCAACGAAUCUAA